AUGCACAAAGUAUUGUUCCCCUUGAACGACACGAUCGUCGUUUUUCUGCAUCAAGAUGACACAAGGUCCAGGGGGUCUCACGUCGUGCAAAUCACGGUCAAGGCGGAGAGGCCACAAGCGAUAGAUACAAUCACGACGUACUAUUUAGUGCGACAUGACCUGAGUGACCUCAUCCUGCGUCUCGUCACCGCACAUCUAGAGCAACCUGUUCAAGAUGACAUUGUAUUCGACGACCCACGCUACACCAUUCAUGCUCACCGGGAUGCAUGGACAUUCGGACGACAGUUGUCAUUCUACUGGGGGGACGACAGGCUGGAAGCUGCGGAGGAUAAGUGGACAUUCUGGUUCCGAAUGAAGCGCCACGCAUCUCCAGAUACUACACUGUGA